UGGGUUCCCAGACACCUUCCCCGGGUCCUCGGUCACCGCGUCACCUGUGAUGUUGCAGCAUCGUAGCGACCAUCCCAAUCGGGCAAUGGGGUGGCCGGGGGACACCUGCCAAGGGGCGUGGAGGUCCCUACACGUGCCUGAAAUACCGAGGCAAAGGACUAGGGGUCCGCAGCAGGGAUCCGGGACAUCCUUCCCCUUUUCUCCAAAAUUGGUCUUGCAUCCCGGGACUGUAUUCCGGCGGGACACCCUGAACCUCUGCUUCAGGAGAAAGUUUGCGGGUGAUUCUUGGUCUCUGGUGUCUACAACGGUUCAGGUGGCCAGGUUUGGAGGAUACGCCUCCUUCCCGGGCUACCUCGCCCCUUAGGCCGCCGCCCUUAAGUGUUUCCACCUGGGCUGCUGGAUCACCCCCACCUGCUCAAACCUCCUGAUUGCUGUUUGGGCUCCUUCUCCCAGUGACCUAAAAGACAAGGCCUUUGGCUGUUAGGGUCCUGAGGAAAGGAGGCAGACACAGGCUAAGAAGCUUAGCCAGCCAGGGAGCCAGCUUCCCCUGCUCGACCAGGGUCGGUGCUUCAUGGUGGUCCUCUAAAGCCAGGAGAUCAGAGGAUUCUCACAAAGCUGCUCCAUAACCUGGCCCGGAGCUGUGGUGGAUAGAAAGAAACAUCUCAUCAGUGGACUGCUGAAUGCCCUGGGCCUUCGUCCCUGAAGUAAAAUGCUCAUCCCCACCCCCACCCCACUCCCCCAGUAUUCUGCUUGAGAGUUUAUGCUUAAGGGAGACCUGACCACAGGCAGCCAUCCCAGGACCUUAGAAAGGAGGAGAAAGUAGCCUGUACUUGCUUCCAAUCGGUGACAAUUCACGCCCUAAAAUAGUGACCACCUGCUCAUUUGGUUUGAACCCUCGAAGAAACGCUGGUGUGUGUGUGUGUGUGUGGGGGGUUCAGUGCACUUGCUUAUAAAGGUGUUUUUUUUUGUUUUUGUUUUGUUUUCAGUUCAAAACGUAGUAAGUAUUUUUUUUAAGGCUCUUUCAAAGGAGAUUGGAAAAAAUUAAGCAACCAAAGCAUGUUUCCAUACUAAAUAAAUGGUGCUGCUGUCCCCUGUUAACCUGCUUCCUUGACACAGGGACAUAGACUUUCUGUCCACUGCUCACUGCUUAACUGAACUUCUAUCAAGUUUUAAGUUGCAAGAUCUCAUUGAUUUUUCCUGAUAACCAUCUAAAAAUCCCUUCCCUUGUAGAGAUCUUUCCCUGCUAUUUUGGUGAAGCUGGCUGACUAAGACAACAAAAUUUAAUAGUUUGGCUAAGACCCAGGUCCCGUUUACAAACUUAAUAUAUUCUUUUAGAUUAAAAUGGGACACAAAGCCCAUUAUUUAUUUAUUUACCUUUGGUCAUGCUGAGAAAGGCCUAAUGGAAAUUAAAUUGACCGAUAUAAUUUAAGUAAUUGGUAGUCAUAACUUUCCCAGCAUUCCAGGCUGUAAAUUAAAACCAAUUCUGUUUAGAAGCUUUACCAAUAUGUCUUCAGUGCAGCCAUAUGGGAUCAUUUUUAGUCUGACAGAGAGCUGAAAAGAUUGAUUCUGUCUUUGACAGCUCUCAAUCUUAACUCUUGCCAAAUUCCCAAAGCCAUUUCCCCAAAGUUUGCUGGAGUCCCAGGUGAACUGCUGUGGGGAACGUUGUGGAUGCCUUUGUGAAUUCUCCACACAGCAAAUGUCUCUCUUUACAUUUGCACCUCCUUUCUCGAUGCUUUCAUUCUGAAUCUGCUGAGGCAAAACUGAGAAAGUACCCUGACUCAACGUUUACCUAAGACCCUAAAUUAGGGCAGACUAGAAUGCUACUCCAGCCAGGCAGCUGCCAAGCAGAGGUUGGCACUGUGGCUCCUAAGGGCUGGAUCUGAAUCGGGCCUCUGUGUCCUGGCUCCCCCAGCACUUUGCAUUUUGCCUGGCUUUCAUCCUACAUAAUAAAACCGGUUGUUAUUUUUCUGACUGGCCUCCAGACUCUCAUUAGCUUUCACUCUGAGUACCCAGAGCACACAAGAUGUUAGAGCCAAAGGGAGGUUCUCUCUGGCAGAGCCUGGAGUCCUGGUGAGUCUCUCAUGCUGGAAGCCUGUGUUCCCAGUCCCCGGAGUGGCAGGUGGUAUUGCCGGCUGGUAAGGAAAGCAUACCUGCAGAAGACAGCAACCAGGUGGAAAAAAGCUGGUUGGAGGAUAGAUGGGUGCCAGGACUACCGCGGUGGCUGGCUCACAGGCGCCCUGUGCGAGGACCUGUGCGUGGCCGGGGAGCUGCUGUACCAGCGCUGCCUGUAUUAUGAGCGUGGCAAGAAGGUGCUGCAGGCCCAGUGGAGGGGCCGGACUGUGGUCCUCAAAUCCAAGAGGGAGGCUUUCUCCAGCUUCCCACCCCUCCAUCUGCUGGAGGAGGAAACGGGGCCAGGUGCCCCGAGCAUCCCCGAGGCUGAGCUGCUCCUGAUGGUGGCUGGGGAAGUCAAGAACACCCUGGGCUUGGAGCUGCCCAACAACAGCAUAGUUCCCCUGUGGCCUGCCAGGCAGGGCCCUGGCUGGCGGCAACAACUGGCCAGUGCGUGGUCACUGCUCCAGCAAGAGGAAUACGUGUACUUCAGCCUGCUGCCAGAUCUGAGCCGCCACAUCCUGCCCGUGCUGGGAUCCUGUGGCCACUUUUACGCAGUGGAGUACUUGGCUGCUGGUAGCCCUCACCACAGGGCUCUCUUCCCACUGGAUGAUGCUGGCCAGGCACAGGCUAUUAGCCACAUUGCUCUCAGCUUCCUGGACAUGGUGAGCCAUUUCGACAGCGACUUCUCCCACCGCCUCCACCUCUGUGAUGUCAAGCCUGAGAACUUCGCCAUCAAGAGGGACUUCACGGUGGUAGCUAUCGACGUAGACAUGGCGUUUUUUGAGCCUAAGAUGAGGGAAAUCCUUGAGCAAAACUGCACAGGAGACGAGGACUGCAACUUCUUUGACUGUUUUUCUAAGUGUGAUUUGAGGGUGAACAGGUGUGGAGCUCAGCGUGUGAACAGCAACCUACAGGUCAUCUGCGAUAAAAUAUUUCGACACUGGUUCUCCUCAACUCACAGGAGUCCCGCCGUCUCCCCGCAGCUGCGGCUGCAGCUACAGCAGGCUGUUCAGGAGUGUGCUCGCCAUGGGGGCCCCUCUGGGAGCUCCUGGACUGCCUCCUCCAGUGUGUUCUGGAAGCUUCGAUGGCUCCUGCAGGCCACUCUGAGAGAGCUGCAGGGGGUGGAGAUGUAGCGGCUGGCCUUCUUGCCUUAGUCAUCAAGAGUGGACAGAGGACGUGACCUUCAAGUGAUUUCUCGGGUUGUCGCUAUGCAAAUGCGCUGUCUGCGCCAUUGACCCGGUCUUCCGAAGUGUGGGAUCGACUUUCCCUUCUGUGGCUGCGAUGUGGACCACCCUUGCUCCUGCCCAGCUUGGUGGUUCGAUCUGGGUUGGUGCUGACUUCUGUCCUGCCACCCCCUAAAAGUGAGCAGAGGGAGGAGAUUCGGAGUAUUUGACUUGUGGAGUGGCCAGUGUGCAAUCCUCUGUACCUGGCCAUUAGGGACAAAAGGCAGCUGCCCCCUGUUAGCCACUAGCAAGCGAAAGUGUGAAUGUGAGUGUCCAGAUGAGUGUGUUUGCAAAUAAGUGUGUACAUAUAUGUGCACCCAUGAGUGUGUGAACGUGUUUGCAUAUAUGAAUGUGUACUGUGUAUAUAUGAGUAUGUAAAUACACAUGGGCUUGUGUGCACAUGGGUGGAUUGCACAAUAGUCCCACGGUUAUGAGUGUUCCCGCAUGUGUGUGUAUACGCACAUGAAUGAGUCAGUCUGCCUGUGAAUCUGUGCUCAUGGAUGAGUCAAUGUUGAGUAUACCCAGGCAUGUGUGCAUAUACGAGGGUGUAUACAUAUGGAGGUGAGUAAGUGUGUGGGCAUGCGGAGCCUGUGUGGGGGGGUGGCUUUCUAAAUGUGCCCUCUAGGAACCUUGCUGGCAGAGAAGUGUUACUUUUCUCCUGUAAUUAAAUGCAAUAAAAAGUUGUGUCUUCAGGAGCAUGAUUUGCACUGGAGAGUAUGUGGAGUGGCAGCUUUUAGUGCUUUUCAUUUUGUAGAAUUUUAGGAGCACUUUACCACGCAUUAUAAUCUUCCUUCUAAGUAGGGACCACGUGUCUGCAGAAAGCAGUGUGUCUUGCCACCACAGAGACAGUUUAAUAGAGUGCUGGGGUGAUCUCCGACCACAAACAACUGGGGAGCAGUGUGUUUGGGCCGACGGACUGAAGACCUGGCCACGGGCAUCAGGCUCUGCUGUGGUGCCGUAUGCUCUUCGGUGGACUUGGUGAAGGUCUUCUGCAAUGGCUGACUCACACAAAGCAGGCCAAACACUGUGUUGCUCCCCAACAGUACCAGGUGGAACUAGCAAGCCUUGUACCCAGCAGGGUCUUGCUUCUGCUCAGAACAGGGACCUCUGGUUUCACAGUGAACCCAACCUCUACAAGUCACAGUAAAAGGGGGCUCAAGAAAGAUGUGGUGUCUUGAGGACUUGGAAGGGGUGCCAGCGGCUUACAAGGAGAAACAGACAAAAUUUGAAGUUUUAAACAUGUACAAAAUGACAGACACCUCACCUUUUCCUCUUCACACAACACCUUUCCAACCCAGAGAACUGUCGCUCUAACUCCUGUGGAUGCUCUUCUCAGGACUGUGCGCCCAGGCUGCAUCCUGAGAGGAUCCAGGACACCCAGAGGUCACACCAGCCCCGAUGCUAUCUAUGAUCCUGAAGGCCUUUCCCACCUCCUCAUCCCACCCACCAGCAAUUUGCCAGACAAAGCUGACUUUCUCAAAGGAUGUCCUCCACCCCGUACCCGAAGUCUUGCUUUCAGUUUGUGGGUCACUCUGUGGCGGAAGUAAGUGGAACCCCAAGGUGCUCAGGCUAGCAGGGUCUCACAGGUGGCCCGGCCUGCCGCUGCUGAGCAAGGCUCCCAUUCCCCGGCAGGAUCUGAGGCAGCUGUUCCUCCACUGGGGCUGGGUGGGUUCCACGCUGUGGAAGAGUCAGAGGCAGGAGGAUGGUGUGAGAUGGAGGUUGAAGCUCCGGGAUUCCUUUCCGGGCUUAGCUACCUGUGGACUGAUGCUCUGCCUCUGUGCUGGGACUCAACUGAGCCACCCUGGAGUGACGGGAACGGGGGUCUUCCUUCGUGGCCCCGAGCCUCCUGGCCAGCAGCUAUUCCCAUUUACUUCCGAAUGGAAAUAAAUGUUUUUGUUGACUGUGGAGACUAUGCGAUAUAUAAUCACCCAACACAGUAGCAUCUCUUUCUGCUUGUUUUUAGCUACCCAUUUACACACACACACACACACACACACACACACACACACACACACACACGCUCCCUGCCUGAGGAUUCCUUUUAAGGCAGUGGUUCUUAAACUGUGGUGAAAUUCAUUUUUUAAAAAAUGUUUAAACCUUUCAGAAUACUGCUUUUAUGUAAUACAACAAAUAUGGUAUUAUCAGUGUUCAGGUUUUUGUUUUGUUUUCAGUACUGGGGGCUGAGUACAGAGCCUCGGGCAAGCUAGGGAAGCACUAUACCACUGAGCUAUGCACCCACCCCAUGUUUAAUAUUUUUAAUGUGACAAAUGAGACUAGCUGUUGUUAACCCGACUGAGCAACAACCAUACUGAUGAGCAGAAAAUAUUUGUUUUAGUAACACUCGUAACAGACAAAACACUGUCUUCAAGAGUUUUAUCCUAAUUAAAACCGGCUUAUUUUACUCUGAA